AUUACAAUUCGAAGGAGGACUGAGAACCAGUAUCCCGAGAAAAAGAAAGCAAAAUGGCGGCAAAGUUGGAUUCUGAGAAUAUUCUGCUGAUCACCGACUCUUACAAAGUAUCACAUCACAAGCAGUAUCCCUCAGGUACUACCAUAGUGUUCUCUUACUUUGAAAGCAGAGGAGGAAAGUUUCCAGAAGUGUGCUUCUUCGGUUUACAAUACUUGAUAAAGAAAUGGCUUGUGGGGCAAGUUGUCACAGCUGAAAAAAUAAAACAGGCAAAGGAGUUCUACCAACUUCACUUUGGUUACCAUCUGUUCAAUGAAGAAGGUUGGCAAUACAUUUUAGAAAAGCAUCAAGGUAAAUUACCCCUCAGGAUCAGAGCUGUACCUGAAGGCUCAGUGGUUCCUGUUAAAAAUGUGUUAUUCACAGUUCAAAAUACAGAUCCCCAUUGUCCCUGGCUAACUAACUGGGUUGAGGUGAGAAGGUCACAGUUUUCUCUAGACUUAAUAACACAAGUAUAAUCCAUCAUACCAGAAAAUAGAUCCUAGGUAACUGAAGUUCAAAUAUAUUCUGUCGCAGUUGAAAUGUGUGUUUUAACCAAGUGCAAUGACUGUACUGGGAGAAUAUCUGCCAGUCUUGACAGUACAGACCAACUGCAGCAAGGUUGGUACUA